AUGGGGAGGAAUGGGAUACCGUAUGGAGCCAGGUUGCAGGAGCUGGGUGACGGUGAUGAAGACGGCUUUCCGGCCGGCCGUGUGCGCGGCCAAGGGGGUGUGUUUCUCGAUCCGAUCGUGCAGAAGGGGGCGGCAGCAGCAAGAGCUAUUUCCAAUGAUGCUUUGUAUUACGACGGCAUUGAUACAAGAUGGAAUGCAAGGGGGGGAAUUGAUUACGAUAAUCCAGCUUACAGGCCGGCCUAUGAAGACGACUACUAUGGUGCCCGCCUUAAUCCAGACGAGGAAGAGCUCCUCGUCCAACGCGCUCUCGAUCGCAUACGCAUUGCCCGCUCGCGCGGCCACCCCAACGUCAACCUCUCGCACGAGGAGCUCGAGGCGCUUGCGCGUCCGCACCUCCAGCAAUCUCCCAAACCGUCGGGUCUCGCUGCCGCACGGCCCUCCUCCAAGGGCCGUUCAAGCAGCAGCAGCAACAACAACAACAACAACAACAACAGCUUCCGCUCGAAGAAAUCCGGUUCAAGAUCUUCGCUCUUCUCCUCGUCGCCACGCUCGUCGCGCGCUCGCUCGGGAAAGUCGGACAGCAAGCGUCGCGACAGCUCCGCCCAUGAGUCUGAAGGCCCGUCUGCUGCACCGCCACCAGGCUUGCGCAUUCCCGGUGCAGGCGCCGCUCCACUAGGCUUCGCAUCCCGCCCUUCUUCUCGUCCCGACUCCCGUGGUGCUAGCGGAGCUUACCAUGCUGCUAUCGGGCGGGAAUGGGCAGACCCUUUCUACGAUACUGCCGCUCGCGACUACGUGAGGCCCAGCAGCCAGGAUUCGGCCGGCUUCACUCCCGCUGAGGAGGCAGACUAUCUUGCCCGCCGUGCUAACCGCUCGCGCUCCGGUUCGACCGUGCCAGGCUAUCUGCCGCCGCCGUACCCAACGUAUGCCUUUGAGCGCGAGCGCGGCAGGCCGUUUGACGCUGAUCCCUUCGCCUACCAAACCGGCGGUCCUCCGCCUGGACUGUACGCACGCAGUAGUGCGUCGUCGAGUCCAAGUAGCCAGCGCCACGCUAUGUUCGGCUCUUCCGCUGCUGGGACUCACGGCGGAGAAGGUGUCACAUACACCGCAGUUCCACGGCGCGUGCCUGUCCCGCCGGGAGCCGUUUCUGCAGCAGGAAGUUCCCGUUCAAAUGAUCUCGCGGGACUGGGCCGUGGGAGUGUCUCCGAUCCUGCUCUGGGUUACAGAGUUUCGGGCGGUCAGCGGGGCAGGGACCUCGAGGUCGAAGUCGAGUAUGACCUACCCAGUACGAGUGGAAGCAGCGGAGAGAGCGACGGUGCCCAGAAAGGUGUCAAGGUCAAUGACGCGAGUUUUGAGGCUCGAGCGGGAUUGGGCGGUCGAGCCAAGGAGCUUGAGCGUGAAGCAAAUGCAAGUGGUCGAAGCGGGAGCGGCAGCGGAAGCGGCAGUGGGAGUGGAAGAAGGAGAAAGGGAAAGAGGCGGUAG